AUGCCCCGGUUAGAUGUGGAGAAGACCAUUGAGGAGCUUACCCUGGGGGAGAAGGUAGCUCUAGUUGCUGGUAUUGACUUCUGGCAUACGGCGACCGUCCCUCGUCUGAACAUCCCCAGUCUGCGCAUGUCCGAUGGCCCCAAUGGAGUGCGAGGAACGCGGUUCUUUAACGGUGUCCCGGCAGCUUGUUUCCCCUGUUCCACGGCACUGGGCGCCACCUGGGAUAUCGAGCUGCUGCAGGAAGUGGGGCGAUUGAUGGGCGAGGAGUCUAUUGCCAAAGGAUCCCACAUUGUUCUAGGCCCCACCAUCAACACCCAGCGAUCGCCGCUCGGAGGCCGUGGUUUCGAGUCUUUUGCUGAGGACGGUGUGCUUUCGGGCAUUUUGGCCGGCUACUACUGCAAGGGUAUGCAGGAGAAGGGUGUUGCUGCUACCCUGAAGCACUUCGUCUGCAAUGACCAAGAACAUGAGCGUCUGGCCGUCGACAGUAUCGUCACGCAGCGCGCGAUGCGCGAGAUCUAUCUCCUGCCUUUCCAGCUGGCCCUGAGGAUCUGUCAGAGCGCAUGUGUCAUGACGGCGUAUAACAAGGUCAACGGCACGCAUGUGAGUGAGAACAAGCAGAUUAUCACCGACAUCCUCCGCAAGGAGUGGGGCUGGGAUGGCCUCGUCAUGAGUGACUGGUUCGGAACAUACAGUACCUCUGAUGCUAUCAAUGCCGGUUUGGACUUGGAAAUGCCGGGAAAGACACGCUGGCGUGGAACCGCCCUGGCCCAUGCUGUAUCAUCCAACAAAUCCUUCGAGUAUGUUAUGGAUGAGCGAGUUCGUAACGUAUUGAACUUGAUCAACUUUGUCGAGCCCCUCGGCAUCCCGGAAAAUGCCCCGGAGAAGGCUCUCAACCGAGCCCAAGACCAGGCGCUCUUGCGACGUGCCGCCGCGGAAUCAGUCGUCCUGAUGAAGAAUGAUGAGAACAUCCUGCCUUUGAACAAGGAGAAGUCGAUCCUAGUCAUCGGACCUAAUGCAAAGCUUUCUGCUUACUGCGGUGGUGGUUCUGCCUCUUUGGAUGCUUACUAUACCGUGUCACCGUUUGAGGGCGUCUCGGCCAAGAGCAAGGGUGAGGUCCAGUACUCCCAGGGCGUUUACUCGCAUAAGGAACUCCCUCUGCUUGGUCCCCUCCUGAAGACGGCCGAUGGAAAGACCGGAUUCGCAUUCCGCGUGUUCAACGAGCCUCCCACCGAGGCCAAGCGAGAGCUUGUCGAUGAGCUGCACCUGGUGUCCUCCAGCGGUUUCCUCAUGGAUUACAUCAACCCUAAGAUCAAGUCCAUGACCUUCUACGUCGAUAUGGAGGGUCUCUUCACUCCCGAGGAGAGCGGAGUCUACGACUUCGGCGUGACCGUUGUGGGUACCGGUAAGCUUCUGAUUGAUGGCGAAGUGGUCGUCGACAACACCAAAAACCAGCGCCAGGGCUCCGCGUUCUUCGGCAACGCCACCGAGGAGAAGAUCGGCAGCAAGGAGCUCAAGGCCGGCCAAACGUACAAGGUCCUGCUCCAGUUCGGCAGUGCGCCCACUUCUGAUCUGGAUACCCGCGGUGUCGUGGCGUUCGGCCCCGGAGGAUUCCGCUUCGGAGCCAGCCGCCAAGUCGGCCAGGAGGAGCUGAUUUCUAAGGCCGUCGCUCUCGCCUCCAAGGCGGACCAGGUUGUCGUGUUCGCCGGUCUGACCAGCGAAUGGGAGACCGAAGGGUACGACCGUGACCACAUGGACCUGCCCCCGGGCAGCGACGAGUUGAUCUCGCGCGUGUUGGAGGCCAACCAGAACUCCGUAGUGGUCAUCCAGAGCGGCACGCCGGUCACCAUGCCCUGGGCCAAGCAGACCAAGGCCCUCCUCCAAGCCUGGUUCGGCGGAAACGAGUGCGGCAACGGUAUUGCCGACGUGCUGUACGGCGACGUCAACCCCUCCGGCAAGCUCCCGCUCAGCUUCCCCGUCCGCCUGCAAGACAACCCCAGCUACCUCAACUUCCGCUCGGAGCGCGGCCGCGUGCUCUACGGCGAAGACAUCUAUGUCGGAUACCGCUACUACGAGAAGGUCAACCUCCCGCCCCUCUUCCCCUUCGGCCACGGUCUCUCCUACACCACCUUCACCCGCUCCGACCUCACCCUGAAGACCAGCCCCGAGCAGCCCAAGCUCGCAGACAGCGGCGAGCCCAUCAUCGCCACCGUUACCGUCACCAACACGGGUAAGGUUGCCGGUGCUGAGAUCGUGCAGCUGUGGGUGGCGCCGCCCCCGACGGGCGUCAACCGUCCCGUCCGUGAACUCAAGGGAUUCACCAAGGUGGAGCUGAAGCCAGGCGAGCAGAAGAAGGUGGAGAUCGUCGUGGAGAAGAAACUGGCCACGAGCUGGUGGGACGAGCAGCGCGAGAAAUGGGCCUCCGAGAAGGGCACGUAUGAGGUGCAGGUCACCGGUACCGGCGAGGGUGUGCUCAAGUCGUCUUUCACGGUCGAGAAGACUCGGUAUUGGUUGGGAUUGUAA